UGUUCACACAUCAAGGGUUGUGCUGAGAAAACAGAGGCUCAGGUCCGGGUUGAGUCUGCAGAUCUGGCCUGUUAUGCUGGUGUGGCUGCAGCAGGUGUGUGCAUUUUUGUCUCGCCGUUCAGAGUGAUUUAAUGUCCGACCUCUCCAUGACCCGAGCUUUGUACUUUGGCUGUGAUUAUUAGCUGGUUUAUCUGUGUUGGGCCAUUUGAGAUGCGCUGAGAAAGUGACCUUUAUUGCUCAUAUGGAAGGUGGACGUCAGGAUUUCUCAGGAGCUGAUAUGAGCAUGCUUCUUGAAUAUACAGGGGCCAGAAUAUCAGGCUGCUGGGCUCUGCGCACAAAUGGAGGUGGGAGUGGUGAAGACUCUCUGGACAGGCUCCUCCCUCCGGUCAGUGCCUAUCGCAGAAGGAGCAGCACACUGGGUAAAACAGAACCUCCACUGCUCCGCACAGGCACAAGAACCAUCUACACAGCGGGUAGACCUCCCUGGUACAAUGAACAUGGAGCCCAGUUUAAAGAGGCCUUUGUCAUUGGUCUGUGUGGUGGCAGUGCCUCUGGAAAAACUACUGUAGCCAAUAAAAUCAUUGAAGCUUUGGAUGUUCCCUGGGUGGUCCUGUUGUCAAUGGACUCAUUCUAUAAGGUUCUCUCUCCAGAUGAACAAGCUCUGGCAGCUAGUAAUGACUAUAACUUUGACCAUCCAGGAGCUUUUGACUUUGAACUGCUUGUGACCACACUACAGAAACUUAAACAGGGAAAAAGUGUAAAGAUCCCAGUGUAUGACUUCACUACACAUGGACGCCAAAAAGACUGGAAAAACGUCUAUGGUGCCAGCGUCAUUAUCUUUGAAGGCAUCUUAUCUUUUGCAGACAAAGAGCUCUUGCAGCUCAUGGACAUGAAGAUUUUUGUAGAUACAGAUUCAGAUAUUCGGCUGGUACGGAGGCUGAGGAGGGACAUCACAGAGAGGGGGCGGGACAUUGAGGGCAUCAUUAAACAGUACAAUAAGUUUGUAAAGCCAGCCUUUGAGCAGUACAUUGAACCCACCAUGAGACUGGCAGACAUUGUAGUGCCACGUGGUGGAGGUAACAUGGUGGCCAUUGACCUGAUCGUUCAACAUGUUCAAAGCCAGUUAGAAGAGGGCGCUCCUGGCAACAGCUCAUCAGUCUCAGCCUCUCCCUCAGACUCUCAGUGUGUUGGAGAGCACGCCACAGGUGCAAGGCCUUCACACUAUCAUGAGGCGUGCACUGUCCAGACACCACAAGGCCAAGAGUAUGAGGGAUGCAGAUUUAGCGGAAAAGGGAUCACAGGUGUGUCCAUUCUUCGGGCAGGUGAAACCAUGGAGCCUGCUCUGAGAGCCGUGUGCAAGGACGUCCGUAUUGGCAAGAUCCUGAUCCAGACUAAUCUGGACUCAGGGGAGCCAGAGCUGCACUACCUGCGACUGCCCAGAGACAUCAGUGAGGAUCAUGUGAUUUUGAUGGACAGCACUGUUUCCACAGGAGCGGCAGCCAUGAUGGCAGUGAGGGUGUUGCUGGACCAUGAUGUCCAGGAAGACAAGAUUGUAUUGGUGUCACUGCUGAUGGCAGAGUUGGGGGUUCACUCAGUGGCUUACGCCUUUCCACGUGUCAAAAUCAUCACCACUGCUGUUGACAAGAGCCUGGAUGAUCUUCUUCAUGUCAUUCCAGGGAUAGGUGAUUUUGGUGACCGUUACUUUGGGACAGAAUGGAGCGAUGCAGAAGAACAAGAACCUCAAAGCUGCCGAUCAGAGGUUUAAUGCUUUAAUGUUUGUGCAGUCAUCAACCACAAAUGUACACCAGUUACUACAGUAAGUUUGCACAAUAUUAUGGUCAGUGAGGAGCAACACUUUAUUUCAUAGAGUCAACCAGGACCAAAAAGGCUUUGAUAGGUACAAUGUAAUUACAUUUAAACCUAUAAAAUGUCUAUUAUUACUGUAAUUUCUGUAUGUAAACAGAACAGUUUGAUUUGAUGUCUUUGAUGUUAUAAAUGACCUGCUCACUAUCACAAUAGUGUUCACUUUAUAUAUUUCUAAGUACUAGUUUAUACAUUUGUGUAAAUGGUUAGAAUGGCUGGACCCAUUUGGCUGUUUAUUGGUUUUGCACAUUCAGUGUGAAAUAAAUAAACAAA